AUGGCUCUUCCGGCUACUCAAAAAGCAAUUGUUAUUCAAGGACCUGGCGUCAGUGAGCUGGUUACUGACCGCCCUAUUCCCAGGCUUCGUGACGACUAUAUCCUGGUGAAAACCGUCGCCGUUGGCUUGAACCCCACUGACUGGAAACAUGUCGACUACCUAGUCAAGGACGCUGGCCCUUUGGUUGGAUGCGACUACGCUGGAAUCGUUGAAGCCGUUGGGCCAGCAGUGACGAAACCUUUCAAGAAGGGUGACCGAGUAUGCGGUGUGGCACAUGGUUCCAAUGCUGUUCAGCCCGAGGACGGCACUUUUGCAGAAUACAUUGUUGCCAAGGGAGACCUCCAGAUUAAAAUUCCAGAUAAUAUGAGUUUCGAAGAGGCAGCUACCCUCGGCGUCAGUGUGUCAACAGUCGGACAAAGCCUGUACCAGUCCCUUGGCCUUGCAUUGCCUUCGCAGCCCUCGAAAGAUGCCACUCCAGUUUUGAUCUACGGAGGGAGCACCGCGACUGGCAUCCUUGCUAUCCAGUACGCGAAACUUUCAGGAUACAAAGUCCUCACAACUUGCUCCCCUCACAACAACGAAUUGGUCAAGUCGCUUGGUGCGGACGUCGCCUUCAACUACAACGACCCUGAUUGUGCUGCCCAGAUCAGAAAGUACACAGACGACAAGCUCACCGUCGCCUUUGACACUAUCUCGCUCCCUGACUCUGCCAAAAUUUGCGAAGAGGCUCUAGCAUCAUCUUCUCCGGCUGGAGCUACCCUGAAGUAUCACUCACUUCUGCCGGUGAAGAUUUCUCGGGAAGACGUCAAGGCAACUCACUCCCUUGCUUACACUGCAAUUGGCGAGGCAUUCAAAUUUGGUCCCCAGGCCAUGCCGGCCAAGGAAGAGGACUUCCAUUAUGCUGUCAAGUUUUGGGAUUUGUCGCGGGAGCUCUUCAACUCUGGCAAGCUUAAGGUCUCGCCAAUACAGGUCGGGCAGGGUCUUGAGGGGGUGUUGGAUGGUCUGCAGGCUUUGAAGGCAAACAAGGUCAGCGGAAAGAAGUUGGUUUACAAGAUUUAA